AUGAAUCCAAAACGACCCGCCGUCUUGUCAGUAUGGCAGGCAGUUCUGUCUUGUCGCCGAUGCAAUACCCCGUUCCUUUCGAUAGAUCUGAAACGAUUCUCUUCGUCAAAACGAUGGCAAUCACGGCAACGCAGCGAUAUGUUCACCAGAGAAGCUGUGGUUAGAGGCCUUAAGAGCAGAGCAGCAUUCAAACUCUUAGAGAUCGACGAACAAUAUAGGAUAUUCCGGAGUGGGCAAACGGUCGUUGAUCUCGGAUAUGCACCGGGUUCAUGGUCUCAAGUCGCGGUAACUCGAACGAAGCCCAAUGGUCGAGUCCUAGGUGUGGAUAUCAUCCCUGCCCAGCCUCCGAAAGGCGUUUCGACGAUCCAGGGCAAUUUCCUUUCUCCAAACAUCCAAGAAUAUGUCUUAGAAUUCGUACGAGAUCCCAAUCGCGGUCGACCGCGAUUACCUGCUCCGCCGGUGGAUGAAGCUGAACAUCUCACGGCGGACAAUGAUGCUACCAUCUUACGCGAGAGUUCUGCUGCUGGUAAUGAUAAGGGCAAGGAGGAAAAUGGAAAACAAAAAGAACGAACCGUCGAUGUUGUUCUAAGCGACAUGAUGAUGAACACCAGUGGAAUAGCUUUUCGGGAUCACGCUGGAAGCAUGGAUCUGUGUCGAGCAGCGCUGCAGUUCAGCUUCAAUGUCCUAAAAGCUGGCGGUCACUUUGUGUGCAAGUUCUACCAAGGGCCGGAAGACAAACUCUUCGAAAAGCAGCUCAAGGCGUUGUUCGAGAAAGUACAUAGGUUGAAGCCGGAAUCGUCUCGGAGUGAGUCACGGGAGGCAUUUUUUGUUGCUAUGGCUAGGAAGCCAAAUGCCGCAAGGUCAGACGUGCUCGAUAUCGAAUGA